AUGGAGUCCAUUCCUCAAGCAGAACCAGCUUCCGAUAUUGCCGACGACGCAGUUAAGAAUGAUGAGCCAGGAUCUCCGGUAAGAACUGCGGGAAAGCUUGAUGUCCUCAUUCAGGGCGUCGCUCUAUUUUCGGACGGUUACAACAUCCAGAUCAUCGGAUACAUGAACACUGUUCUGACGAAGCUUUACCCGAAACAAAUGACGAGCGACGUUAAGACUAGACUGUCCAACUCAAUCUUGAUUGGUGACAUAUUUGGUAUGCUGCUUUUCGGGCUCUGCAUCGACAAAUUUGGCCGCAGAGUAGGCAUCAUCCUGACUACCCUCUUUCUCGUCUUGGGUAUUGUGAUUGCAACGGUAGCGCACGGAGUCACCGUUGAAGGCAUGUUUUGGAUGAUGGUUAUUGGCCGUGGUAUUGCUGGUGUUGGUGCUGCUAACUAUUUACAGGGCGGUGAAUACACCUUUUGCACUUCUCAAGCUUUGGAAUGCGCCGACAGUACCGAAGAAAUGAGAAGGCGGCGCGGUAUGCUGGUUGCCGUCUCUACCAAUGCCGCUAUCAUUUCUGGAUUUGUUGGAUCUAGCAUUGUCUCCUUGAUCGUCAUUGCGGCGUAUAAUGGCGAGCCCCGUGAUGGAAUAUGGCGCAUAUGCUUUGGAAUCGGCAUCUUUUUACCCUUGGUAAUCUUCUUCUUCCGAAUGAGGCCAGUCGACUCGCAGCAGUAUCAGAAGCAUGCUAUCCAGAUGAACGUCCCUUACUGGCUGGCAAUAAAGUUUUACUGGAAACCGCUCCUUGGCUGCUGUAGCGCGUGGUUCCUCUAUGAUGCCGUCGUCUACCCUUUCAACCUGCUUGCACCUACGCUUGUAUCCGGCUUCUCUUCUAAGCAGACCAUGAUCGAGUCUAUCGGGUGCAUCGUUUGUGUCUUUGGGUUCGCCAUCGGUGGCAGCAUGAUCCAGCUCAACAACGUCUUCCCACUGUUCGUUACUCUGUAUGGUCUUUUCCAGACUUUCCUGUCCGUUGGACCCGGCGAUUGCAACUUUCUUGUGUCAAGCGAGUCUUUCCCUACGCCUCUCAGAGGACACUUCCUCGGCUUCGCGGCAGCCAUUGGGAAGGUCGGUGCCGCGGUCGGUACCACGGCGCUCAGCGCGGCGCUGGCGGACUUUGACGACAAGUUGAAGGGGCAACAGACAAUCUUCCUUAUCGGCAGCGGCAUCUCUGUGGUUGGCACCGUUUGUGUUUGGUUCCUUAUUCCUGACGCCCCGAAGCAUCUGGAAGACGAGGACGUGCGAUUCAAGAAGUACCUCGAAGCAAAUGGAUACGACACCAACCAAAUGGGGCUGAAAGCCUGAGAAUUCCUCUUUACCGAAUGACAAGUUGCCAGACUCGUGGUAGAAAUCCCCUACAUCACUGACUGAUCACCAGGGGUUGCGUCUUGGUCAUAAUAAUAAUUCCUCAUUUCAAAACAGUUUACUGUAUGAAUUAUGUACUUUAAUUGAAGAUCAAAUAUAGCUUGGACUCGAACCAU